CUGAAACAAUGCAAACGAAACACCCUACCGGCGUCAGUUGACUGUGUGCUUGUGUGCUUGUAUGUAUCAGCCAAAAAAUCAUGCAGUCCACGACCCAUUCAGUGACUCACUCACUGCAAUGAGUGCAGGCGGUCUGACACGCCCAUGCCAUAGUUUGGUCAGCACGUCUCACUUCACACGAUGUCCAGACACGUACAUGCGCCAUGCAGUCAUGGACAUAUGAAUGCAGUAAUGCAUUAGUUGAGUGAGGCGACUACCCUUUCCAUCGCAUGAGCGGUGACCAUUCUUCCAUACUGCUCACUGUGGCCGGCUGGCCGUCAUGAAAGGUCUGACCCCGGCCUUCCUGGAAAUACCGCGGGUCGGCAUUGCCAAACAAAACAGGAUACCUGCAGGCGACAAUACAUACCGACACAUCAGAAAAGAGAAGACGUCUUUUCUGCAAUUGAUGACCAAUCUUCACCACACGUACCUGUGAGGGUUGCACUUGACGAACCAUGGCGGCUCAUUCAGCUUUAAUUUAUCAUCUCCUUCGCCAAGCUGAUUCAAACAUACAAUGGUAUGAUCAAGGGCUCUGCAUAUAUAUGGCACAACAAUGGCUUUCUCACUCACCUCAUGUUUUCGCAUAUAUCGUCCUUCGUUGCGAUACACUCGCGUAUAGCCCUCUGAGUACAGUCUCCUCUGCGCCCACACCAAUCGAGCCGCCAU